AUGUCAUCCACAGUCAAACCUAUUCAGCUCUACGGUGGCAUCCUUGGCCCCAAUCCCCUCAAAGUCGGACUCAUCCUCGCACUCCUUGAACUACCAUUCGAGCCCAUUCCAGUCCCUUUCUCGAAAGUUAAGGAGCCUGAGUAUACAGCGAUCAAUCCAAAUGGGCGCCUACCUUCAAUCCAUGACCCAAACACCGGCCUGACCAUUUGGGAGAGCGGUGCCAUUAUCGAGUACCUCAUAGAGCGUUACGACACCAAUGAACCCCGCAAGCUCAGCUUUACACCUGGCAGCGCAGAAGCCGAGCAUGCACGCUCGUUCCUCUAUCUCCAGGUUUCUGGCCAGGGUCCGUACUACGGACAAGCCUAUUGGUUCAAAAAAUUUCACGCAGAGAAGAUCCCUAGUGCAGUGGAACGCUAUAUCAAUGAAAGCAAACGUGUGACGGGCGUGCUUGACUCGUGGCUUGCCAAACAGAAGGAGGCCAACAAGGAUGUUGGGGAUGGUCCCUGGCUGGUCGGCAACAAAAUGUCGUACGCUGAUGUGGCGUUCAUUCCUUGGCAGAAUACGGUACGCACGGCAUUCGUGGAAGAUGGGUUCGAUUUGGAUGAGUUCCCGAAUGAGAAGGAGUGGCUUGAGCGCAUGACGUCCAACAAGGUCAUCAAGGAUGUUCUGGAUUCGUGGGCUGAGCAGAUGGCCAAGGGGCAUUAA